AUAUAUAUUUUUUUAAGGUUGUCGAUUUAAAGACACUCGAAGGAAUGUGGACAUGGAUCUUGAACAGCUGAAAAGCUUAGAGAUUUUGGAAGUAUUUGUUUUAUGUACCAGUGGAGAAUUGAACAAGUACAGAGUUCCAACUUUAUUAGAAAAGUAUGAACAGCAUGGUAUUUUAUUUCAUCAUUACCCUUUUCCUGAUGGUACACCACCAGAGAUCAACUGCUUGAUGAAAUUAAUUGCAGAACUAAUCUGCUCACUUAACAGAGGACACAGAGUUUUGAUACAUUGUUUUGGUGGAUUAGGACGAUCGUGUGCAGGUAAGUGUUAAAUGUAAAAGAGUCUGUAACGACGGUCUUUUGAUAGUGUAGCUGUUUUCUACUAUUCAUCCUUGGUUAAUUUACUAAGCAAAAAGUUUUAACACAGAAUGAGUAUUCAUUUACAUUAAAAAAAAAAAUAGUUGUGCUGAAGUUGAUAAUUUUUAUUUAAGCUCCUAAUAAGAAGCCACCAUUAACUAUUUUGCAUAGAACUUCCUUCAACUUGAAAGGAAUUCAACUUUGUACCUUAACUUACAAAACAUUCUGUGUUACUUCUUUUGUUAAAUCAGAUUCAAACCAUUAAUGUAGUGAUUAAUACACAAUACAGUUAGGUUAAAUGGUAUUUAUUAGGUACUUUAGGUCUUGAAAGAUAAGUCUAAGUUAUUAAUCAUUUUAUUUAUAUUUUAUAUACUGUUCAUACACACAAAUGAAAGAAUGAUGGGCAACAUUUUCAAGAAUGUUACUCUACUUUAAAAUAUAUUUUUCAUUUCUAACAAAUCUGCAAGUGCUCAGAAAUCUGUGUGAUUCACUUAGAAUAUAUAUAUAUACAUAUAUAUAUAUAUGGUUCCUGAGGUUCAUGCAAAUUCAUUAAAAAUUUAGGGGGGUCCAACCCAUUGUUUGGCAAAUUCCCAACUUAUCUGAACAGAAUAUCUAAAGUAACAUUGAGAGCAGAUGAUAUGACAUGCUUACUGCCACCCCUAAAUCUUGUCACGCAGUAACUGGGUUAAAAAAGAUGUUUGAGAGCCAGUAGCGAGAUUUGCACCAUGAUGGUAUGUAACAUGAGAUACAUGGCUUGCCCUAUCAAGCUUGUUGCAAAAUAAUGCAACUUGUGAUUAAACAAGACUGACAAAGAUGUAUAUGUGUGUAAUAUAUGGUAUGAUAUUGUUGUCAGUUUUAGGGAAACAAAACUUGUACGAGUUACAAAAAGGUUAUUUGAGUGGAAAAGUUUCAUACAGUAACGCUGCACAGUUUUUUAACCAGGCAUAAUAC